GUGCAGCUAAAAAGACCUGAAGACGUGCGCCGGAAAAACAGGAAGGGGUUGGAGCGGAAUAUGUGUUGAAAGUAAAGAAACAAUAUUGGAUUUCAAGUGUAAACAGGAAGGAAGUGGAAGAUGAACAGCAUGUCCCCCGAGGUGGCCCUGAACCGAAUCUCGCCCGAACUGCGCCCCCUACUGUCCAGCGUGGUGCGCAACGGCCGCGUGGGGCUCGACUCCACCAACUGCCUCCGCAUCACCGACCUCAAGACCGGGUGUACCUCUCUGACCCCUGGGCCCUGCUGCGACCGCUUCAAACUGCACAUCCCGUACGCGGGAGAGACGCUGAAGUGGGACAUCAUCUUUAACGCCCGCGAUCCCGAGCUGCCCCCGGACUUCAUCUUCGGGGAGGAUGCCGAGUUUCUACCGGAACCUUCCGAGCUCCCGCACCUGCUGAGCUGGGACGCGGAGGACGGGGAGUGCCUGCUGCAGCUGGUGAAGGAGCUGAUCCAGCAGUACCACCUGUACCAGUGCCAGCGGCUGCGCGAGAGCUCCCGCCUGCUGUUCGAGUACGACUCCCUGCUGCAGGACCCCAGCUACGGGCGCAGCAUGGAGGUGUACGCAGGCCGCAAGAACAGCUGGACGGGGGAGUUCUCUGCCCGCUUCCUGCUGAAGCUCCCAGUUGACUUCAGCAACAUCCCUGUGUAUCUGCUAAAGGACACUGCCCUGGAUCCGGGCGAGGACGUGGCCCUCCUGUCGGUCAGCUUUGAGGACGCGGAGGCCACGCAGGUGUUCCCCAAGCUCUACCUUUCCCCCAGCAUCGAGCAUGCUUUGGGAGGGGCCUCCGCACUACAUAUCCCAGCAUUCCCUGGCGGAGGCUGUCUCAUCGACUACGUCCCUCAGGUGUGCCAGUUACUGACAAACAAGGUACAGUAUGUUAUCCAGGGAUACCAUAAAAGAAGAGAAUACAUUGCUGCCUUUCUCAGCCAUUUUGGAAUGGGUGUUGUGGAGUAUGAUGCUGAGGGAUUCACCAAACUCACUCUGCUCCUGAUGUGGAACGACUUCUGCUUCCUGGUGCAUGUGGACCUCCCGCUGUACUUCCCGCGGGACCAGCCCUCGCUCACCUUCCAGUCCGUGUACCACUUCAGCAGCAGCGGGCAGCUGUACUCCCAGGUGCAGCGCUCCUACCCCUACAGCCCCCGCUGGGACGGCAACGAGAUGGCCAAGAGGGCCAAGGCCUAUUUUAGAAGUUUUGUGCCUCAGUUCCAGGACGGGGCGUUUGCCAAUGGGAAGCUCUAGGCCCUGACGGACAGGAAGUGACAUCACUGCGUGAGUCGUAGGAGCCUGGGACACACGCGCGCGCGCGUGUGUGUGUGUGCGCGCGCUGAAUGCGGGACAAUUCUUUUUAGCGACGGCUGAAUUAUCGUUUUCCACGUGGAACAUGUCGCUGCUCUUAAUUAUCGUUGUUGUUUGAGUUUUGUUUGUUUUUUGUUUGUUUUUUUUUUUCUUUUGAACUUCAUCCUGUUUAUUUGACGAUCACUCUGCCCUGUAACGCAGCGCACACUGUAGUCUGUGCACAGGCGUGCGCUGCCUCAUGUGGAACCCGUGUCUGAGUCCGACCUGUCAUAGCAGUC